AUGAUGCAUUUGUCUUAUAUCUCCCUCAUUCUGAGCGCUGCGCUCACCGCGGCCAACGCGGAGAGCGCCGGCAAAUGUCCGACGCCAGUCGUGGUCCUGGACCCGAACAGCCAGCCGCACUGCUGCCCGUCUGGAUACCAGCACAACGGGGUGGACUGCGUGGCCUGCGUCCCGCCCGACCUCUACUACAACCCGCGCGCGCAGAAAUGCGAGAAGCCCUCGUGCCCGGACGGGCAGGUGUUCUUCUGGUCGCUGAACGCCUGCGACCACACCGACCGCUGCAAGCCGUGGGGGUACUACAACGGCCGCGACUGCGCGCCCAACCCGUACUGCCCGGACGAUCGGUACUGGGAUCCGCUCAAGCUGGACUGUGUCCCGACCCAAUGCCAGCACGGGCAGGUGUACCUUGCCCACCUCGACAAGUGCGAGGAGAAGGCCUUCUGCGAUCCCGACGUGAACCAGGUCUACCUGCCCUUCGAGAACCGCUGUGAGACCUGUCGCCCGGACGAGUAUCCGAGCCCCACGGGCUGCCAGCCGCGCCCGGGCUGUCUGUACCCGGAGUACUACUACCAGGGCCCAGACAAGGGCUGCGCCCCCUGCGCCGACCAGAACACCUUCUGGAACGGCAAAGAGUGCGAGAAGCUGCCCGACUGCCUGCCGACCCAGCACCGCGUGGGCCGCGUCUGCGUGAACAACGACUGCAAGGUCGGAACCUAUUGGGACAAAAAAAAGCUCCAGUGCCUUCCCGUGAAGCCCUGUGAGAUCGGCUACAUCUUUGACGGCGUCGAUGACUGCAUUCCGAUCGAGUAUCCCCCGGAAGGUGGGCCCAUUUGCUACGUCAAGUGUGAUCGGGCCGGCCCGCUCGGCAAGAAAUAA